AUGGCCUUCAAGUUGACGCCCACCGAGAGCCUUCGCGCCUGCGGUGUGCUGGAAGAGUCCCUGGAGAAGAUGAGCUUCUUGGGCAGCAUCACACCCGACAUUCUGCAGCACCGCGAGGAGCUGUCGCAGGUUGUGGGCGAGGAAAUCUCCCGCAUCAUCCAAGAGCAGCGCCAGCUCGAGAAUAAGUACGAGAAGCUCAUCGCCCAGCGAGCAGUACUUAAAGGACUGGCCAAUAAAUCCAAGUUUAAGGAGAACCAGAGAGAGAUCCAGGAGGUCAGUCGGCUGCUGCGAGAGUCCACCAAGAGCUUGUGUCGUAACCUCAAAGAGAACCCCAAUUUUGCAGGGAACCUCCUCAAGAUUCAGCAGGAACGCGAAGGUAUCUUGGAGCUGCUUGGACAUACGUUGACGGAGAUGAAGAAACACGGGACGUUUGAGACGCUGCUCACGUUCGUGGCGGACGGUAAAAGCACACAGGAAAAAGCACACGACAUCCUCGAAAAGGAACGUGACGCGGUCGAAGAAGUGAAAAGACUGGGGGCAGAACUUGCCCGAGAGAAACUGGAGCACCAGAAGGAGGUGACGGAGCACAAGGCAGCCAUACUUCGAUUGAAAGAGCAGAUACUCGCAGUCAAGUCCAAGACGCAAAUCGAUAUCCGAUAUGCGCGAAACGAAGCCAAGGCGAAGCGAAGCAGUACGGCGCGGAUGUACCACCAGCUAAUGGAAGAGCAACACGACCGCAUCAAAGAUCUGCAGGGUAAGUGUGCGAUAGAGACCAAGGUACAUGACGAGACUGUGCAUUUCCUCAAAGACCGUCACGAACAACUCCAGACAGAGCUGGCUGAGUGGAAUGCCAAGUACCAGCAAGACACUCAAGCGAAGCAAGCGCAAUUACAGGAGUUGCAGGAAAGCAAGGCUGCCAAUGCCAAGAGACUUGAGAACUUUCAGAAACGAUGGCAAGAGGAGAUGACAACAAUUAAACAAAAAGAAGAUGAGCGCCAGAGGUUAAUAGAGCUUGAAGUAUUGCGCAAGGAAGAGCUGAAGGCGCAGAAUACUGCUGCGAGGAUCAUCCAGGCUGCGUAUCGCACACACAUGGCCAAGAAGGAGAAUAAACGUAAGGCUGCUGAGUUUGAGAAGAAAGCAGGAAAGAAAGGAGGCAAGAAGAAGGGAAAGAAAUAA